GUCCCCACUCCACUCUUUACUGUAUUUCCAAGCAAAGUGGUAUAAUUUGGUUUGUAACAUAAGUAUAUAUGUAUGUAAGCUUUGAUGCUGUAUUUCCAUGUCUUGUCCUCAUCCAUCAAAACCUCCAUUCCUUCAUUCUACAUGAAAGAUCAAACAAUCAUACCAACAAAUCCCUGAAUCAAACUUGAAAAACCCUUCAAAAAAUCCAACCCAAAACCAAAAUGCCCACUUUCAACUUCAAAUUCAUCUUCAUCAGCAUCUUCCUAUCCCUUCUCUUCCUCCAUACCUGUAAUUCUGUCUCGAUUUUAGACCUCGAUAGUGCACUGGCAAGCAGUGAAAUCGAUGCAAGGGCAAGAAGGGUUUGCACCAAAAAGCUUGAAGAUUGUUUAGAAGAGGAAGAAAUGGAGUCAGAGAGCAACAGGAGGGUGCUGGUGAUGCAAAGGAAGUACAUUAGCUAUGAGACACUGAGGAGAGACAUGGUCCCAUGUGCUACCCCUGGUGCUUCUUACUAUGAUUGCAAUGGCGGUCAUCAAGCGAAUCAUUACAACCGAGGGUGUGAAGUUAUUACAAGAUGUGCUAGAGGUAUCAAAGGUAUCAAAGCUUGAAAAAAUUAAAAAUCCCCCCCAAAAUUUUAUGUUUUUAACCUACCAUAUAUAGCUGCUUUGUCCUAGGUGGUAUCUUUCUGGGUUUUUCUUAUAUUGUUGUAUAUUUAAGGUUGUUAAUUUUAAUCUGCUUAAUAUAAUUGCAUGUUUAACUUGAAUUUUUGGGAUCUGAGACUUCCCUGAUAAGAGUAUUUAUAAGAGUAUUUAUAAAAAUUGACUUGGUGUUUGAUAGGGAAA